AUGAGUGCAAACCGCGGUGCCAAAAUCGCACUGAGCUGGCUCGAUGGCUCCCGCGCCCAGCGUAUCGUCUGGCUCCUCGAGGAACUGAACCUCUCAUACGAUCUCAACAUCUACAAACGCGUCGACAUGCGCGCCCCAUCUGAAAUGAAGCAGAUCCACCCUCUCGGAAAGUCUCCGAUCGUCACAAUUAAGUAUCCGGGCGUACCCGAACCUCGCGUCUUGGCUGAAUCCGCCAACAUUACCGAACAUCUCGUUGAUAACUUCAAUGGGGAGAAACUUGUUCCAAAACGGUUCAAGGGGACUGAGGAUAAGUUUGGUGGGGAGACGGAAGAGUGGGCGAGGUAUCGCUUCUUUAUGCAUUAUGCUGAAGGAAGUCUUUUCCCGCUUCUUGGAACGCAGAUUCUUAUGGAUGCUAUCAAAGCCGCCCCAGUCCCAUUUUUCAUCAAGCCCUUCACUAGCUUCAUCGCAGGCAAGGUCUCAAAUGAAUACCUGCAGGGUAAUUACGAUACCCAUUUUAGCUUCCUAGAGAGCCAGCUUGCCUCAUCUCCAGAAUCGGGGACCUUCCUUUGCGGUAAGGAUUUAACAGCAGCGGAUAUUUUGAUGAGCUUUCCUAUCCUCGCAUCUUUCAAGUUGGCAAUUGGCAAGGAAAAGUAUCCACUUUUGGCUGCCUAUGCGAGGCGUUUAGAGGCCAUGGAAGGUUAUAAGAGGGCUAUUAAGAAGGUGGAAGAAGCCGAAGGCAGUCCCUACAAGUUGUUGUGA